AUGGCAGCUACGAGAGAGAUGUUCAGCAAAGAUCUGGCCACUUCUGCAUUUAACUCUUUAACGAAAUGCCUGUGGUUGACCCCCAUCACCAACGAAGUCAAGCUGCGAGUCUACCUAUCCACAAUUCACCCCAUCAUGAUGUACGGAUCGGAGACUUGGGCAGCACCAUCAAUGGUUAUGGAGAGGCUUGGCUGCACGGAACGAAAGCUGCUUAGACGGCUACUUGGUUACUUUUGGCCUAGGGUAUGUCACAAUGAAGAUCUUUACGCAGAAAUGGAAGAGGACUUGAGGACACUCGGCGUGGAUAGGCAGUUCAGGCGAGAUGUAAAGUUUCGCAGAAUAUGGAAUAGCGACGAAUGGAUUGAUUCUGUGCAAGCUCUCGCAGAAGACCGAGAAGGUUGGGCAGAGCUGUGUUCAAUGACGGCACACCUCGGCGAAGAUGCCGGUAAUCGCGUAAGGCGAUGA